AGGGGGCAUGUUGGAGUCCUACAUCGGCUAGACUUUGACCAUUUCUCCUCUAUACAUGUUGGAACCUCCCUUCUCCCCUAACAUGCUCUUUUGGAGACUAAUAUGGGGUUACACAUUCUCACAUCUUUUAAUACAACAUAUAUGUUGCAGAUGUUAGUAUUUUUCGAACAUGUCAAACACAUACCUGUUCCUGUGCUUCCUCGAUGGAGCUUAAUGGUUGAUAAGGAUCUUUAAUGCAUAGACUUGACCUCAUCUAGCUGUGAUGCGAUUCAGUUAAGAUGCAACGUCACACUAUUGAUCCUUUCAUUUCAAUGAAUUUAUGUAGAUUUCAAACUAGUCACCCCUAUUGAUGUAGUGGAUCUUAUUCAUCCUUAUGUACAUGGGGUAAUUCAUCUUCUUUUACUUAUAAUACUAUGCUUUUGCCUUUAUUAUACAUUCUCCUUCUAGUUGCCUCGACCAUGCUAAUAUUUUUGAUGAUGAAUCCUAUAAAAUUUUAACAAAUCAGAUCUGAAAGCUCGAUCUAUAGUCUAUUAUACUGUUAUGGACAUGGAUAAUCCCAUUACUGAAAACCAAAUCAUGUGAAAAGCAUCAUGUGGUUUCUCCCAGAGGAACAUGCUUCAUGGUCCUUGGAAAGAUGCGAAUGCACCAGUUUUGACCUUGCAUGUGGAUGACAACAAUGUUAACAGAGAGGCGAUUGCUAUAGCUUUGGCAUACCUUUAUGGAAAUCACCCUAAACUUGAUGACAGUAAUGCAUUCCGUGUUCUUGCGGCUGCUUCCUUUCUUGACCUUCAGGAUUUAUGUGCAAUUUGCACUGACUUCAUUAUAUCAGAACUCUGGACUACGAACUUCUUAGCAUAUCAGGUGUUCGCAGAGGGCCAAGACUACGGCAUACAUGGAGAACGUGUUAGAAGUGCUUGCUGGGGUUAUCUUUGUCAGAGUGGGGCCAUGGAGUUGAAAGAAGUGCUUCCAAAGCUUUCCUCCCAAACAUUGCAUGCAUUAUUGACCUCGGAUGAACUUUGGGUCCCGAGUGAAGAAAAACGGUUCGAACUGGCAUUAUACAUCCUCCUCUCAAAAGGUGCAUUUAGUAAGGGAGAACCUCCGGAACAAGGUGGUUCCAUCUCUGCCAUGGGAAGAAAUACCCAUCCUGAUUUUUCUAAAGCGCAGGGGAAGAAUCCGAUCAGCAGCAUUAAUAAUCAAAUAGCAUCACCUGAAGUAGGUCGUUUGAGUUUAAAGGAUGAAGGAGAAGGUCGUGAUACUGCUCAAACCAUUUUAGUUGAGCUUGCAGACCGGGUUGUAGAUUCCGAGACCGGGCCAACUGAUUCCAAAAGACAAGUGCAAGAAUCUGGAGGCGAUCAGUCUAAUAUGGAGUCAAGAUGCCAGUGUAACACUGAACAGGCUACAGCCAUUCCUCGUACGAAUGAGAUGAGCUACUCUUCCUCUUAUCAAGACGUGUCAUUUGGUAAUGGAGUCAAUAUGCUAGGUGGCGAUACCAUGGCGAUGGAAGGGCCAUCUGAAGAGGGUCCUUGCUAUCAGUUGAACAAUAAUAGCUGGCUUGGUGGGGGCCAAAAAUUUGGUAAUGCUAUGAGCUCAUGUAAUGAUCUCAUGUCAAAUGAAUGGGGAAGAUGUGGCAUGCCCCUGUCAUGGGGUGGCAGAAUUGUUGGCAGAAGAGAACUGAAGACUUGUGCCAAAGGGAUUUGUGGAUUGAGCAGUGAUGAAUACGACACCUUUGUCAAUAUUUUUGAAGGAGGUUCUCUUUUGUAUUGUAACAUGACUUUUGAGGCGCUCUUAAAUGUGAGGAAGCAACUAGAAGAAUUGGGUUUCCCCUGCAAAUCUAUUAAUGAUGGUCUUUGGCUGCAGACACUUUUGAGCCAACGGGUGCAUGAAAUUGGUGCAGACACCUGCAAAAGUUGCUGUCUUGUUAGCAUGGCUUGUCAAUGCAGGCCGCAGUAUGGAUUUGCACGAACUGGUUAUUACAUGCAAGAGCAUGAUCAGAAUACUGCAGCUACUGGUAUAGGAGAUGUGUAUGUGACUGAUUCUUCUCAAGGUGAAGGAAAUGGCCUCAUUCGCCCUGUACGAGUGCAUGUGAGGGGAACUAUUAAUGGGUUGGUAGGAAUUGGACGUGGAUCCACGUGUGUACCUGCAACUGCAUGGCCUCCACGCUUUGUCUUCUCUCGUGUGCGUUUUCAUAUGGGUAACAGAAAUUGCCAGCAGUCUCUUGGUAAUGAUGAUCCAGAAAAUAGAGCUGACCACAAUGGGGAACAUGCUGGUGAUGGGUUGACUGCUUUGGUUGGGCUCAGCCAAGGGACUAGCAACACAGCUAAUGUUCAUGGCGAGCAAAUAGAAAGAGGGUAUGAGGCAGAUGUCAAUGGAAGGCUAGUUGGGCAUUCAAUUGCUAGCUCAAGUAGCAGUGGCAUUCCUGUGCAGGUGAUGGAUUCGUCUGAGCAUGCUAUUGGAGUUGAAUGGGAGAAUGAAAGUAGUUCUAUAUCGUUGGAUAUGAAAACCCCUCUAAGUCACUUCCCUCCCUUCCGCUUUGCGGUGGAAUUUCAGGAAGUUCAUCGGCUCAACGAUGGACAAGUCAAACACUCUCCAGAGCAUUUCUAUGCCGGUUCCUUGUGGAAGGUAAGCGUUCAGGCUUUUAAUGAUGAAGAUCCUCAAGGACGUCGAACACUUGGAUUGUUUCUUCACCGAAGGAAGGCAGAGAUACCCGAGUCGCUUAGAAAGGUUCAUAUGUAUGUGGAUGCUCGUGAGAAGGUUACUGCUCGCUAUCAGGUGAAGUCUAAGUGAAAGUGAAACAUACUAAAUUUUCUGUGUGUAUGUCUCGUAUAAGGUUCCAGUUUUUUUUUUCUGGGGUCUUGAAUGGAGACUUAUUUUGAAGUAUAUAAUAUUUAUAUACGGAAAAUGUAACAAAUAA